AUGGAAGUGCCGAGAGACCGGUUUAGUGCUGAAGAAGUCACCAAUGCGUCACAGUCCAGAGAAAAGGUGGAGGAGCAGGAGAAGAAUCAGGAGGAAGAGUUUAAUAGCUGUGAGGGUGAGGCCACAUGGCUCAAGGAGGCCAAUAGUGAGCGACGACACCACUGUGAGGACUGUGGCAAAACUUCUCAGCUUUGCCACCUGAAAAAGCACCGCUUCAUACAUACUGAUCACAAACCGUUCCUGUGCCCGGAGUGCGGCAAGAGCUAUAGCUCAGAAGAGAGCUUCAAAGCUCACACCUUGGGCCACAGGGGUGUGCGGCCUUUCCCCUGCUCACAGUGCCACAAGACCUAUGGCACCAAGCGUGAUCUGCAGGAACAUCAGAUGUUACACACAGGCCAACAGCCUUUCGUCUGUCCAGAUUGUGGGAAAUCCUUUGCUCGCCGGCCUUCCCUUCAUAUUCAUCACAAAACGCACCAAGCUAAGGAGCCAAACCCUUCUGCAGCUGCCUGUCAGUGUGUGAUAUGUGGGCGACAACUGGCCAACCCUGGGUCACUGAGGAACCACAUGCGGCUACACACAGGAGAGCGUCCCUGCACUUGCCCCUACUGCCCCAAGUCUUUUUUUCAGCAGGGCAAUCUGCGUGGGCAUCUUCGGCUUCAUACAGGGGAACGCCCUUACCGAUGUCAUUUUUGUGGGGAUGCCUUUCCCCAGCGCCCUGAGUUGCGCCAUCACCUGAUCUUCCACACAAGCGAGGCCCAUCUAUGCACAGUAUGCAGGAAAGCACUGUGUGACCCCCACACAUUGCGAGCUCAUGAGCGCCUGCAUACAGGCAAGCGGCCUUUCUGCUGCCAUCUGUGUCCCAAAUCCUAUCCUCUAGCCACAAAGCUGCGUCGCCACCAGAAGGCUCACCAUGGUGACAAGCCCCACCAGUGCAACAUCUGUGGUGUGACCUGUGCUCUCCCCCAGAACCUGCAGCGCCAUCAGCUGGAACACAAAUCAAACCUUGGCAAGGAUAUACUCAAGCCAGCCAUUCAGGGUCCCCAGGGGCUGCCUGAGCAGCUGAGAGUGCUGGCCGAUGACUCUGCCAGGCCCAAGGAUGUCAUUGCGAUCACACUCUCAGAGGCUGAGGAAAAAUGCGUCAUUGUGCAGGAGCCAGGCUCACCCAGUAAUAUGUUCAUUAUUCAGGAGAGUGUGAGUUUCAGUGCAGUGGUUGAAGCAGAAGUGGGGACGUGA